CCAACCCUCCAUUCAAUAAGAUCCUUUCCUCUCUCUUCGCUCGGCUCAAACCUCCACUCUUGAAAUUCUUCCCAACUUCGUAAGCAUCAAUGGUUGCUCUCCCCACACCACCACCACCAACCACCAUUCAAGGUGGAACCAUCUCUACUCUCCACCCUGACAUCCUCCAAACCCAUAUCCUCACCCUCCUCGAUGGCCCAACUCUAGCUGCUACAGCCUGUGCAUCAUCAGAAUUGCAUGCUCUCUCCACAGAAGAUAAACUCUGGCAAAAAAUCUGCACUUCUACUUGGCCAUCUAUUAAUGAUCCGAUUGUUAGAAGCAUCAUACCCACCUUCCCUUCUGGCCACCGGUCAUUUUUCUCUGACUCAUAUCCUCUCCUCCACCACAACCACCAUAGCUCAUCGUUUCCGACUACAAGCACUGAAUGCUUUGUCUCAGCAGUUGAUAUUUACUACAAAAAUGUUCCAAUUUUCUCAAAAGUUGAAACGACUGAGACCUUGUCUGAUUGGUUCAAGAGCUCUCCCUUCAGGCUUGACUUACUCGAGCCCAAAGAGUUUGUGCAGACAUGGAUACAAAACCAACCAAGUGAAAAGGAAUUGCCCGUGGAGCAGCUUGAAGAGAAUAUAACGUUAAGUUGGAUUUUGAUUGAUCCAAAAGGGAGAAGGGCCAUGAAUUUGUCAAGCGAGAGGCCGGUGUCAGUGCAGAGGCACUGGCUAACUGGCGAAGUGAUGGUGAAGUUUUCCACCAUCAUGGCCGGAGACGGGGGGGAGAAGGAGUAUGUGGAGUGUGGAGUGAUGGUUUGUUGUGGGGAGAAGGAAGGAGGGGAGGUGGAGGUGAGAGAGGUAAGUAUGGUAAUGGAGGAUAUGGAAGGGAAGAACUUGACUGGGAAGGAUGGUUUGGUAAUUUUGCAAGAGGCAAUGGAGAGGGGGGAGAGGAGGAAAGGGAGAGGUGGCAAAGAAGGGAAAGGAAGGUACGAGGAAUUUGUUGAGAGGAAGAAGGAGAGGAAAGAAAGGAUGAAGAAAUUGGAAAAGGCUCUGGACAUGGCCUGCAUUGCUACAGGGAUUGCUGUUUUUGUGUCCUUUUGGACCUUCAUUUUGUUUAGAUAAAAAGAAGAAAAAGAGAGAGGAAAGGUAAAGUUUUUUAUACAUAGUGAUGGUAAUUAAUGUUUAUAACAAAGAAAAUUAGAGGGAAGUAAAGAGAAAUUAGGGAAUAUUGACUAUUUAGUCGUAUUUAUCCAUUCAUUAAUUAUAUUUGAAACGAAUAGGAAGAAAGAUAAAGCAGCGGUCCAAGUGCUGUACAGGUUUGAACAAGCAUGCUACCUGUUGAAUUAUCAAUUGGAUUGGCUCUAAACAAUUUCAAACCAGUGAAGUUGUCUUUGUUUGAUUAUUGACUUGGUGUACUAUUUCCAAACUUUGAUUAUCUAUUCACUGUGUCUUCUUGUGAA